AUGAUCUUGUUCAUCUUGCUGAGAUCCAAACAGAUUCCUCUUCUGGUUGGAAUAAAUUGUCCCUCCAACGAGAUCUUUGUGUUGGUGAUCUUGGAAGGACCCAACAAGACAGUCAGCUCGUCGAUCGCCUUGUCUGCAUCGCCAUACUCUGGCGACAACAAGUCGUUCAGCUUGGACGUGGACGAUUGCGGGAACAAGAAUUCCGGGACGUUCGACCCAACUUUCACAGAAACGUACCCAGCACCCAAAAUCGAGCCCAACACAAAGAUCCCCCCAGUCUUGAGGAACCCUGACCCCGCACCGGAUCGGGACCCUGUGGCCUUGGGAGACUCCUGA